AUGGCCGCCGCUACGAACAACGCUGUCGACCAGCUCGCCAACGACUUGGGCAACACCUCGCUCAACGGCGCUGACUCCAAGAACGCCCCUGCCAUCAACACCAAUGUUGAGGCUUCCCAAACCGAGGGCGCCGACGCCGGCCCUACUCCUAGCUCUGCUGCCCCCCACCCUCAGGCCUCCGCCUCCCUCUACGUUGGCGAACUCGACCCCUCCGUCACCGAGGCCAUGCUUUUCGAGCUCUUCUCCCAGAUCGGCUCUGUGGCUUCUAUCCGUGUCUGCCGUGACGCCGUUACUCGCCGCUCGCUUGGAUACGCCUAUGUGAACUACAACACCACCGCCGACGGCGAGAAGGCUCUCGAGGAGCUCAACUACACCCUCAUCAAGGGCCGCCCUUGCCGCAUCAUGUGGUCUCAGCGCGACCCCGCCCUCCGCAAGACCGGCCAGGGCAACGUCUUCAUCAAGAACCUCGAUGUCGCCAUUGACAACAAGGCUCUCCACGACACCUUCGCCGCCUUCGGUAACAUCUUGAGCUGCAAGGUCGCCCAGGACGAGAACGGCAACUCCAAGGGCUACGGUUUCGUUCACUACGAGACCGAUGAGGCUGCUUCUCAGGCCAUCAAGCACGUUAACGGCAUGCUCCUCAACGAGAAGAAGGUCUACGUCGGUCACCACAUCCCCAAGAAGGACCGCCAGAGCAAGUUCGAGGAGAUGAAGGCCAACUUCACCAACGUCUACGUCAAGAACAUCAACAACGAGGUCUCUGACGACGAGUUCCGUGAGCUCUUUGAGAAGUUUGGCGACGUUACCUCUUCUUCUCUCGCCCGUGACCAGGAGGGUAAGAGCCGUGGUUUCGGUUUCGUCAACUUCACCACACACGAGGCUGCCUCCAAGGCCGUCGACGACCUGAACGGCAAGGACUUCCGCGGACAGGACUUGUACGUUGGCCGAGCCCAGAAGAAGCACGAGCGCGAGGAGGAAUUGCGCAAGUCUUACGAAGCUGCUCGCAUGGAGAAGGCCAACAAGUACCAGGGUGUCAACCUGUACAUCAAGAACCUCGACGACGAGGUCGAUGACGAGAAGCUGCGCCAGCUUUUCGCCGACUUCGGCCCCAUCACUUCCGCCAAGGUCAUGCGCGACACUCCCACUGAGGGUAAGGAGGACGAGGAAGGCUCCUCUGAGGAGAAGGAGCCCGAGGUUAAGAAGGAGGAGGAGGAGGAGGAGAAGUCCGAGGACAAGGAGGGUGAGAAGGAGAAGAAGAAGUCGGACAAGAAGCUCCACGGUAAGAGCAAGGGCUUCGGUUUCGUCUGCUUCAGCAACCCCGACGAUGCUACCAAGGCCGUCGCCGAGAUGAACCAGCGCAUGGUCCACGGCAAGCCCCUCUACGUCGCCCUCGCACAGCGCAAGGAUGUCCGCAAGAGCCAGCUCGAGGCUAGCAUCCAGGCUAGAAACCAAUUGCGCAUGCAACAGGCGGCCGCCGCCGCUGGCAUGCCCCAACAGUACAUGCAGCAGCCUGUCUUCUACGCCGCUGGUCAGCAGCCCGUCUUCCCCCAGGGUGGCCGUGGCAUGCCCUACCCCCAGCCCGGCAUGGCCAUGCCCCCCGUCCAGGGAGGUCGUCCUGGCCAGUUCCCCGGAGGUUACCCUCAGCAGGGCGGUCGUGGCGUUCCCCAGCAGAUGCCUCCCGUCUACGGCAUGCCCGGCCAGUUCCCUCCUGGCGCUCCUUUCCCCCAGGCUGGUAACCCUCAGUUCCUCGCUGCCAUCCAGCAGGUUCAGCAGGCUACCAUGAACGCUGGUGGUCGCGGUGGUCCCCAGGGCGGCCGCGGUCCCGCUCCCCCCAUGGCUGGCAUGCCCGGCCCCGGUAUGCCCGGCUUCCCUCCCAACGCCCGCCAGGGCGGUUCCCAGCCCGGCGCCGGCCGCGGUGCCAACCCCAACGGCCCCCGCAACAACAACCAGAACCAGCAGCAGAACGCUCCUCCCUUCCCCCAGGGCGGCCGCGGCGCUGCUCCCGCCCAGGACCUCAACAGCUCCAGCCUCCUUCAGCAGCAGCUUGGCGCUGCCGCCGGCAACCCCGGCCAGCAGAAGCAGAUCCUCGGUGAGGUCAUCUUCCCCAAGAUCCAGGCCAUGCAGCCUGAGCUUGCCGGCAAGAUCACUGGUAUGCUUCUCGAGAUGGAGAAUGGUGAGCUCGUUAACCUUAUUGAGGACGAGGCCUCUCUCAAGGCCAAGGUCGACGAGGCCCUUGGCGUCUACGAGGAGUACAUCAAGGCCCAGGGUGGUAACGAGGAGGGUGAGAAGAAGGCUGAGGAGACCAAGGCUUAA